AUGAAGAACUCUGAACAUUUUUACCAAGAGCUUAACCUUCCAUACCAAAUCGUUUCCAUCGUCUCUGGAGCAUUGAACGAUGCAGCUGCAAAGAAGUAUGACUUGGAAGCUUGGUUUCCUUCGUCGGGGACUUACAGAGAGCUUGUGUCCUGUUCCAACUGUACAGACUACCAGGCUCGAAGGCUUGAGAUCCGAUACAGUCAGAAGAAGGUUGCUGCAAGAGUUACAGCAGAUAAUGCCAAGCAGGAUGAAUGGUUUGUUGUGAUAGUAAUUCACUUCGAUAGAGAUACAAAAGACUCUUGGAUGGUUCCAGGGUAG